AUGAUGUUAUCCUAUGCCAUCCAAUGCUUUUUUCUUAUUAGUUCUUCAUAUGCAUGGAACAUUCAAAGCUUCGCCGACUUGGUUGUGUUUGGUGAUAGCUGGUCUGAUGCCGGACGACUAAACUACAUUACUGCCCACAACGGAACCCUUCCUCCGGAGUCGAUUGCUCCGGAUGGAGGGCGUCCAUGGCCAUCCUAUGUCGGACAAUAUACAGGAGCGAGAGUGCAUAACUACGCUGUCGCUGGAGCAGUAUGUGCUAAUAGUCUUACGCCGCGUAUAUAUGAGGCAACUGGGAAUCUGUUUCCGGACAUCGCCACAUACGAGGUUCCCGCCUUCAUUGCGGAUUGCCAAUAUACGCUUUCCGAUGGAACCAAGUUCAUGGAUAUCUCUUCAGAAUCUACCAUCUUUGCUAUCAUGAUCGGUGGAAAUGAUAUUGGAGCCGGCGGCUUUCUGACUGACUCCCAGAACCCUGGCACCACCAUUCCAAGUUACAUAGACUGUGUUUUUGAGCAGAUUGAUCGUCUUUUCAAACAUGGCGCUCGUUACUUCCUUCUUAAUACACUUGGAGCUAUGUAUAUUGCUCCACAAUACGCAAUGCCAGAUGCUGGAGGUCUUGAAGCAAGCCAGUAUUGGCCGGACAAAUACACCAACAUUACAGCUUCCUCACAGCGAAUGCUGGAACAGGUGGUCCUUGUUAAUUCAAUAUACAAGGUCCGGAUGCCGCUGGAAGUGGAGCUUCGACGACGGUUCCCAGGAGCAAACUUUGCCCUUGUGGACCUUGAGGGGCUGAUGAAUGAUAUAUAUCAUAACCCCUCUGCCUAUUUCAACGGCACCGAACCUUACAAUGUGACAGGGUACAUGAACCAUUGUACGCUAAAUGGGACUGACUGUGUUCGCGUGGACAACAACAAUCCAGACGCCUUCAUGUGGUACGAUGAACUACAUCCCAGCGAACAAACGUGGCGUAAGAUUGCCGAAAGUUUUGUAAAAGCCAUCGAGGGGCGCAGCAAGUGGGCAUCGUACCACUCUGCGUAA